AUCAAUUGCCCCCCACUCCCCGAGCGAGGGGUCUUGACCCGGUGCGAGGAGUUCAUGAUGAGCCAAGUGGAUUUGGUCCGAGGUCUGGACAGCUAGCCAGAUGAUUCACGGGUCGGACUUGUCCGUCCAUCCGGCUCAACCAGGAAAACCCAGGUCGCGUCUGGCCUACGCGCGGACGUCACACGAUCUAUAAACUCCGCGGACGUAAAAAAAUGCGCUAAACCGAUUUUAUCCUCGGGGGUUGCGCAACCGAUUUUCCUAGGAGCCGUUGGAUCGCUUCGAUUGCGACCGUUAGUUCUCGAACAUAGCAGUUAUUAAUAGGGGGACCACGACUCAUUUUUCUCRCCACAAGUUCACAAGUCUAUUCUGAGAUCGUGUCGGGAUCCUUCAGCUCACUCUUCUCUUURUUUUCCAAGGUCAACCUUCUUUUUGGUGAGUCCGUGUUUUCCUAUUCUUCCUUUGUUUUUUUAAUAAUAUCCAGUUCUAGCGUAGAUAGACUUUUAGGUAGUUCUAGCGAGGUUGAGGGUGUCGUGGUGCAAUCCGUGGCCCCUACAGGGGAGGUCAGCUCGCCGCAGGGUGAUUCCCCUCUUCUGUCUUUAGUGGAAGCUUCUGCUCCCGAAGUUGAGCCAUCUUGGCUCGGGGAGACCAAGGUUUAGGAAGAGGGUCCAUCCUCUAGGAUAGAGGCCCCGUCUUCUUUCCGGGAUUGGGAUCCAGAUGACUUCGGUCCUUCCACCCUAACUUCUGAUAGGCUAAUGUACCUUGUAGCUCGCUAUCGUCUUCCUGAUAGCUUGGUUUUUAGCCUUCCCUUAGGUCAAUACCCUUGGGCUCAUGAUCACCAUGAGCUCGCAGUCUUUGAGGAGCAGCUCGCGGCUGGGCUGCACUUCCCGCUUCACCCUUUCAUUAUAGAGGUAGUUAAUUUUUUUAACAUUACCAUCGACCAACUACAUCCGAACUCUAUUCGGAAUAUAGUUGGUACUAUCUCUUUGUUCCACACAUACAACCGACCUCUACCCUUAGACACCUUCAGCUCGAUCUGUGCGAUCAAGCGAAACUCUGCUUGUCUAUGCGGGGACGUCAGACAAAGCUACUAUAUCUCACCUUGUCUUGGUUUCAAAAUCCUGUUCGAUUGUCUAAACAAGGUUCCCUCCUAGAAAAGGAGGUAUUUCAUUAUUCGAAAUCCUGAAGGGUGGUCUUUUCCAACCCACUGGAGGGUAGCUAUCAAGGAUCCCGAGGUGAGCUUGGAUGCAGAAACUAGGGCAGUCAUCAACUCGUGGAGGGACCUCGGCCUCGAGAUGAAGGAUUUCUUGGCCGAGGAGAAGCUUGUGCAAGCUGGUUUGAGCCCUCUUGUUGCCAUGCCGGAGGUCGAUGCCGAGAACCUUCUCAAGAGUUCUCAGAGAGGGAAGAAAAGGAAGGCUUCGAAGAGGCUUUGCCGGGAGGCCGGUCCUUCAGCCCCUGCCUCAUCCGAGGUCCAGGCUAUGGAGCCGAUCUCUACCGAGCUCCCCGAGGAGAAGGUUCGUCCUCAACACCCCAUAGUGGACCUGGACGACGACCUGGAGGACGGUGCUCGGUCUCGUGAACCGGGGAGCACUUCUGUACCCGAGUGGGAAAGUGUCCAACCUCGCCAUCUGGGGAGUACUUCUGCAUCGAGACCCAGGCCUUCCAGUGAGAGCAUAAUGACUCUCAAGCUCGCGAUGCACAAGAGCAAGGAUGCCACCUUCCCUGACGAAGUCGCAGAAUGGGCUGACAUGUCCACAGCCCUGCUUGGAGCCCGAGCUGCCGGUUAUUGCAUGGUGGUGAAUUCCGCCAUUCAAUCGUUGAUGUGCCAGUCUGAGAUUCGUCUGAAGCGGGCUCUGGAAGCCAAAGAAAAGGCACGUGAGUUUCACCGCGAACUGGACCUAGCUCGAGGUGAAAUACUUCRGGCCAAGAAUGGAGCCCGAAGUCAGCAGGAGCUGAUUUUGGCCAUGAUGGAGGAUAAGGAGAAGCAGUAGGAAAUGAUCUCCGCAUUAAUUGAGGAGAAAA